UGGGAGCGGCGCGGGGAGCCGCCGAGUUCCCGCAGUUCGCCCGCUGCUGUGCAGCCGCCGUCGCCGCCUCGGCCCGGCACCCGCCGUCCCGCCGGGAAGGAGUCGGGACAGUUUCGGAUCUCAAGCAGACGGCCCUCUCCUAUUUAGUCGUGGCUUUUCCAAACCCUCCGAGGAGAGCGGGAUCUUUCGGUCCUUCCUGUAUAUCCGACCAUUACAGGAUCUAGAAAUGUCGACGACACUUUUAUCUGCCUUCUACGACAUCGACUUCUUGUGCAAGACGGAGAAGUCCCUGACCAACCUCAGCAGCAUGCUGGACAAGAAAGCCGUGGGGACCCCGGUGACCCCUCCCAGCUCCAGCUUCGCGCCGGGCUUCCUGCGGCGGCACUCGACCAGCAACCUGACGGCUCUGGCCGGCGGCUCCAAGUUCCCCAGCCCUACCGGCUCCAGCUCUUCUUCCACAUCCUCCUCCUCCUCGUCGUCGUCGUCCUCCUCCUCGUUCGGCAAUCUGAAGGAGACGGGCUCCAGCGGAGGUGGCGGCAGCAGCAGCCCCACGGCCCUGCUCAACAAGGAGAACAAGUUCCGGGACCGCUCCUUCAGCGAGAACGGCGAGCGUAGCCAGCACCUCAUGCAACAGCUUCAGCAGCAGCAGCAGGCGGCCGGCAAGGGGAGCGGCUCCGGCGGCGGCGGCGGGGCCCCCAUCAACUCGACGCGCUACAAGACGGAGCUGUGCCGCCCCUUCGAGGAGAGCGGUGCCUGCAAGUACGGCGAGAAGUGCCAGUUCGCUCAUGGCUUCCACGAGCUGCGCAGCCUCACCCGCCACCCCAAGUACAAGACCGAGCUGUGCCGCACCUUCCACACCAUCGGUUUCUGCCCCUACGGUCCGCGCUGCCACUUCAUCCACAACGCCGACGAGCGCCGCCCGGCGCCUGGCGGAGGCACGGCCGCUCCCCCGCCCGCCGCCGCGGUGGGGCCGCACCACCACCCGCACCACGCGGCCCCGCACCCCGCCGGCAGCACCGGCGACCUCCGCGCCUUCGCCCCCCGCGAGCACCCGCUGGGCGGCGGCGGCUUCGGGCACCCGCGCGGUAGCGGCGAGCGGCCCAAGCUGCACCACAGCCUGAGCUUCUCCGGCUUCUCCGCCCACCACCACCACCAUCACCCCCCGCACCCCCACGGCACCGCCCCGCCGCCGCCGCCCGGUGGCCGCCUGGACGCCGCCCUGCUGGAGAGUCCCGGCGGUUCGCGCACGCCGCCGCCGCCCGCCUCCGCCUCCUACUGCGAGGAGCUGCUCUCGCCGCCCUGCGCCAACAACGCUUUCGCCUUCUCGGGGCAGGAGCUGGGCAGCCUCAUCGCCCCCCUCGCCCUCCACACCCAGAACUUCGCCGCUGCCGCCGCCGCGGCCGCCGCCGCCGCCGCCUAUUACCGUUGCCAGCAGCAGCCGCCGCCGCCCGGCGGGGCCUGCCCGCCGCCCCCCGCCUCGCCGCCCUUCAGCUUCCAGCCCCUCCGCCGCCUCUCCGAGUCGCCCGUCUUCGACGCGCCGCCCAGCCCGCCGGACUCGCUCUCCGAUCGGGAGAGUUACCUGAGCGGCUCCCUCAGCUCCGGCUCCCUCAGCGGCUCCGAGUCGCCCAGCCUGGACUCGGGCCGCCGCCUGCCCAUCUUCAGCCGCCUCUCCAUCUCCGACGACUGAGGGAGGACGGGGCAGCGGCCGGGGGGGGCCCCGCGGCGGCCCUGCAAGUAAGUUACGGAACGAAGAAAGCGAAACCUCUCCUUCCUCUCUAUUUUUGGUUGGUUUUAUUUUAUAUAUCUAUCUAUCUAUACACCGAGAGCUGAACAAAACGAGAAACAAAGCGUUUUGCAAAGGGCAAAUGACACGAACUGAACAAACCUAUUUUUGUAGAGAGACCUUGGAAGAAGGGGAUUUUUGUUUCGGGGUUUUUUGUUGUUGUCGUUCUUUGGAGACAAGUUAUGAUACGCACCAGCAGCAGCCAUUCCAUCUGUGUUCAAAAAAAAAAAAAACAAAACAAAACAGCAUUAGAAAAGACAGCACCAGAAAGCAACAAACAAUCCGGGGAGUGCCGGUUCGCCAGCCCAGCUCCUCCAAUCCUGCAGACACACAGAAAAAAAGUUACAAACUAGUUUGUCUUUCAAUCCAGUUCAAAUAAAAACACAGAACAUACUAUAAGCUUUUUUUUUAGGAAAAAAAAAAAGAAAAAUCCAACAUCCUGCCAAGAAUAUGCCUUGAUAACAACCUUCUUUUUUAUAUAUAUCUAUAUAUUAUUAUUAUAACAAAUGCUAAAACCUUCAUUCCAAAGUUUAAUAUUGGUUCCAUUGCCACCACUUAGUGGAUGUUUGGCUUUUAGAACAAUUUUUUUGUUGUUGCUUUAUUUGGAAGCACUCAACUGAGUUUAGUUUGUAAUUGUUGGAGAAUAACUGCUGAUUUUUUUAAAAUUUUUUUUUAGCUAUUUGAGUUGAUUGCAUGUAUGAGUCACUGCACACAACUCAAUAUGAAACUAUUUAACUUAUUUAUUAUCUUGUGAAAAGUAUACAUUGGUAAUUUGUUCAUACUGUAUUUAUCGGGUAUGAUGAAAAGCAAUAGAUAUAUAUUCUUUUAUUAUGUUUAAAUUAUGAUUUUCAUUAUUAAUCGGCAAAAUGUGGAGUGUGUUCUUUUCACAGUAAUAUAUGCCUUUUUGUAACUUUCACUUGGUUAUUUUAUUGUAAAUGAGUAAAAUUCUUAAUUUAAGAGAUGGUAUGUAAUAUUUAUUUCAUUAAUUUCUUUCUUUGUUUACGUAAAUCUGAAAGAUUGCAUGGUUUCUUUAUAGAAAUCGGUCUCGAUGCUGUGGAAGUAGUUUGUGGAAUUUCUAUGGGUUUUUUUAGAAUGUAAAUGGUUGUAGCCCGUCCGAGUUAAAAAACGAGAGAAAAAAAAAAAAAAAGUGACUUAGCAAUCAGACUUCAAAGUGGCAAAUCUAAUUCAGACUUGUUAAAAAUAACCAAAAAGUAUUUUUGUUGCCUAACUCCACGAAUCACACUGUGAUAUAGUCUCAAAGUAUGUAGCAAUAAUUGGGGGUCCCAGUAUUAUGUCUCACAGUGCCUUCUUGAGGGUCCAUGCUUGCCUUAAAUAUCUCUCAACCAAAUAAGUAUUUUUCCUAAUGCUUGAGAUAAUUUGAAUGUAGGGAUGGGUUUUAAGUACAGCAAAAUUUCGCCACUCUAUUUUAUAAGAACAGAGGCCAUCUUUGGAUCUGAAACUUUCUAUAAUACAGGAACAUAUCUUGUUUAUUGAAUUCCAAAACCUGUAAUUUUUUUUUUUUCCUUAUGUAGAAAGUUGGGAGUUUUCCAAAAGUUUCCUGGACGGUGGAUGAAUGAGCAGUAGCUUAGUUUUGUUUGUACAUAGGUACAGAUUGAGCACUAUGUACUCUUUUGGACUACUUUAACAGAAGUAUGUUUUGAAUGUAACUAAAGGAUAAGUCAACUUGAGUUGUAAUAUAUUUUUCGGGAGUCAGUUCACUACAGAUUAUGUGAGACUGUAAACUUUGUACUGUAAAUGUUUUGUAGUUCUCCCAAUAAAAUUUUUUGGAAAAAAAAAAAUCAACAACCCCAGUAACCCUUAAAAGUGCUGAAGCCCUGGCUGCCAGGCAGGAGUAAUUCUUGCUAAACACCACCACCCCCCCAAUCACAGAUAUGUCUAGCUACAGAUUAACCAGUUUGCACUGCCACUCCAGGCCGCUCCUGCAGCCCUGGCUGGUCGGUGGCCAAAGUAAAUAAACGCUUCCAGAAGGUUCGGGAAUGUCAGCGGUGUACUGUACCCUGCUUUUCUUUUUUCUUUUUUUUUAAAUGUUUUUUAUUAUUUUUAAGAGGAUGCAGAAUCAAACCUCUGCUGCUUCUAGUGUAACAGCUGGAGUGGAAAAAUCUAGUAGUGACAUUUAUCAAUCACAUUGCUUAUGGGGCUAUGUGAAUGUGCCAUUAGCCUUCCUGCCUUGUUUAGGAUAAGGAGGAAAUGGCAGUUUGGGUAAUAAAAAGGCAUAAUUAAGGUUUACCCUUUGUCCCAAAAGCUUUGUUCCUCUUCACUCACAGGAAUGCGGACUUCUGCCUCAAUGCUCCCAUCACCCAGCUGAGGGCAUAUCUGUGUUAAUCGGCUAGCAUUAAAUGUGCUAAUCAGUUUUCAGGCCUUGGGUUUUAAACAAAUUACCUUUCCGAGGCUGUAUUUAUAUAACUAAAUACUUGGCAGCCUGGGGACUGUGUGAAUAUUAGUACUGGAAGAAUUUUAGCUAAUAUCUCUACAGUUAGCCACCCUAUCCCAAUCAGUCCCUUAAACUUUUAAGUCAUGAUUUCUACCAGCUUAUUUUUGUUCUUUUGUCAUACUAAUAAUAAAUGUUGUUAACAUUAUGGCAUUUCUGUGCUGCCUGGGCCACCACAGCACUUUCUAUAAAUACAAGAUAGAAUGUAAUACCACUGCCAUAUGUUUGUGUAACAAACCUUGGCCUGACACUUAGUUUAAAAUUAAAACAAACGUAAGUGAUGUAUGACAACAGGCCCAGCUACAGCAAUCACCUUUUUUUUAAUGGAUCCAGUCUGACAUUUUGGCUCAGAAUUGCUCCCUUUGAUUCCCAGACUAAUUUCUGAUGAAACUUCUUUUUGUUGCUGUCUACACAGUGGCAGUGAGCUCUGAUGGGUCCUUCCCCAGGCAUCCCUAGUACAGAUGCUUUGGCUGCAAGGAGCAGGCUCGUGCCAGUGUUUUGGAGGAACAGAGAGUGGCUGUUGGUUUGACUGGUGUCUAAGCUGAUGUCUUAACUCACUUUUGGGAUUUUGAGAUUAAUUUUCACACUAAAACUGCAUUUAUAAGGAGUGCAUGCCUCAUUUAAUUUCAGAUUUUCUUUCUUCUCUAGGUACAGUUUUUGCUUCUCUCACUUGCCCACCCAUUCCCCUGAGCCUGCCUUUUUCUUGCCACAGUAGAUAAGGACCUUAUUUAUUUUCUAUAUUUCCCUUAUCUGGGACAGCUGUACUCACAAUAGUGCAGUACUUCCAUCUUCCCUGUGGUUUUUUGAACGGGAUCUUGGUGAGGGUGCUGGGCUUGGCUUUGGUGUCUCCUGGCUGGAAGAGGAGCUCUGGAAGCUUUAGAGCAGCUGCCCCACAUGAAUCACAACUGUGCUGGUGUCAACUCCAGUGUUUUGUGUGUUAAAAAGUUGCUGCCAGGACAGGAGGGGUGAUGGCCCAGCGGUGUCUCCCAGCUGGCUGCUGGCAUGCCAGUGUGUGGGGACAGCUGGGCCCGAGCUGCUCUCUGCCCAAGUGACACUCCGUGCUGCACCCUGCUCUGUAUCGCCAAAGCGUGCUGCAGCCUGGCCCAUUGCAGUUCUGCUGUUCAGAAAUCUGGGAGUCCUUGAACUGCGAAGAUAAAGUGUCUGUUUCUUGUGCUGCACAAUCAAGUGUUAACCUUUAAACCAGUGACUUAUGUUGUUGACUUAAGCAAAUGUUCUCUUGCUUUCAUUUCAAAAUUCAGCAAAGCGUGUAAAGCUGGUCAGGCCAUUCAGUACUUUCUGAUACAUUGCAAUAAAUCGAUAAAUACUGUGUAAAAAAUAAACUGUUUUUUUUUUUCAAGA